AUGUUAUAUCUAACUGCAAACACCACUACUUCUGAAACAAUACAAAAAAUAUCUCUUCAAGAUAAUGAAUCAAACCCUACAGAAUUCCCCUUCGAAUUAAUUUGUACUCAUUGUAGGGAGUCACAUGACUCCACCAUCACUAUGAAUGCUUAUGAAAAAGUCGAUAUAAGCGGUAGUAAAGGUGAAGCUUCAAUAGUUGUUAGAUGUAAAUUUUGUAAAUCUGAAAAUUCUAUUGUGUUGAAAAUUAUAGAAAAUGAAUUUAAUUGUUUAAUUGAUGAAGAAGAAGGGAAAACUUUACAAACCAAAAGAAAAAAAUUGGGUUUUAAAAAAAAUUUAAUAGAUAAUAAUUGGAUUCUAUUGGAGUUGGAUUGUAGAGGCUGUGAAGUCUCCAAAUUCCAUCCAGAAUUGAUCACCUUUAAUGUCGUUUUAAAAUCAGGUUCUAUUUUAGAAUGUCAAUUAGACGAAAAUGAAAAUGAAUGGUAUGAUUAUGACGAGGAUGCGGGUGAAGAAGUUUCAAUUAUUGAUUUCCAAUUUAAUAUUAUUAAUAACAAAGGGAAAUAG